AUGUCUCUCCAAGACAAAUUCCCCGCCUAUGGGGGCCGGGGGCCUAGCGACCUGCGGCUAGGUAUUGCUUUGGGUGUCAUUGCUACUAUCUUUAUGGUUAUGCGGCUUUAUGUGCGCUUGAGAAUCAACAAAUUCGGGACAACAGCCUUGUCAUUUUCACUCCUUGCUUGGUUCUUCACAACCCUUACCCAGAUCUUCGGUAUUCUAUCAGUCCUUCACGGUCUCGGAAACCAUAUCACAGUCAUUACUGAAGUUGGUGAAUUGCACAACUUCCUGCUAUUCACAUGGAUCACGGUGUUUUUCUUCAAUUUGGCGAUUCCCACCGGAAAAGUGGCUGUCUCGGCUUUCUUAAUUGAAAUGAAUGGGCCUAGCAACCCCAAAAUCCGCCGCAGCCUCAUCGCCGUUGCCGUCCUGAAUAUCAUCCUCAACAUCCCUCAAGUUCUAUUGGUCUGGUUCCAGUGCAGUCCAGUCGACUCACUAUGGGAUCCCCUAAGACAGGCCAAUUGUGACCACAGAAAAAGUGUAUACUACACCUACUUUGUCGGUGCAGUCGCCGCCCUAUCCGACUUCUACCUCGCAAUCGUUCCCAUCCACAUGCUCAUCCCACUACGCAUCGACCGAAAGCUGAAAUGGGGUCUAAGUUUCCUCAUGGGAUGUGGUAUUUUUGCCGGUGUCGCCGCCAUCGUCCGAACAUGGGCCGCGAGUUUCAUCCUUACCACGGACUUUUCCUACGGCGUCGGCAUCCUGUUCCGCUGGGGCGAAGUUGAAGAAUGGAUCGUCCUCAUAACAAUGUCUAUUCCACCUGUUUGGCCCCUCUUCCGGCCCUUCACAUCCAGAUUCAUCAAAUCGACCAACUCCCGGAGUGGCCCGCAGUACGCAUAUAAGAAUAAUCAAGCCUACGGCUCUGUCCCGCUAUACGGCUCAACGGCUGUCGCCAGUCCGAUGUCGCCGAACUUCCCACCGCCGUUGAUUACAACUACUAUCUCUGUUUCUUCGAUGAAGGAGGAGGCUACGACUCUUGCUAGUUCGAGGGGCUCGGAUGAGAGGGUUCCGCAUAAUAUUAUUUCUGACAAGGGAGAGCCUUGGGUUGAGUUGAAGGAGGUUGAUUUGAAGAAGCCUUAG